UAGAGGGAUCACAUCUGCGCGUCACUGCGAUUCGAACUAGGGUUUCCGUACUUGAAUCCAGUUUUGUUGUCAAAAGCUAAGCUAAGCAAAGCAGAGCUUUGGUUUUGUUUCCCUCCAAAAUUCAGUUUCGUCGGAAUUUGAAUGGCGUCGCGGUUCCAGGAAGCUUCAUUGGUUACUUCACCAUCGUAUCCUAACGCAGUGGCUUGGUCAUCGGAAAAUCUGAUCGCCGUCGCUGCUGGUCACCUCGUUAUCAUCAUUAAUCCGGCUUUGCCUGCUGGACCUCGUGGGUUGAUCACUAUCCCUGAUGCUGAGCCUUAUCAGAUUGGCCGUGUUCGUUCUCAAGAUUUGCUGACUGGUGGACUCUUACCUUCGAGUUUAAAACGGGAAAGACAUCCCUGUGCUCGAUCUCUCUCAUGGUCUGAUAUAGGAAUGUCUCCAAACCACGGGUGUUUGCUGGCUGUUUGCACAGCGGAAGGAAGGGUUAAGCUAUACCGACCUCCAUAUUCUGAUUUCUGUGCUGAGUGGAUUGAGAUUGUUGAUGUAUCUAAAAUGCUUUAUGAGAAUCUAUCAAGCAUGAACUUUGGAGAGUCCAACAGUCCUUCUACUUCAUCAUCUAAGGAUCAACAUCACCAUGAAGAGGAUGAAAGGAUUUCAAGUCUGAAGACACGUAAGCGGAGAAAAACAAGCGCAAACAACAUCAACUUACAAGAAAAGAAUUAUACAGAUCGUGCAUCAUGUUCCAAGCAAGACAGUCAAGCAGAGCAUAAUGUACUUGAGAUUGAAGUAUAUAAACAGGCAAGCAAUGGCCAAGAUUGUCAUUAUUUGCCUAAAGCUUCGAAAAAGUUCAGUGAAGAGAUAAGUCCAGAAACAUAUGUUUCUCGUGAGGCAUUGUUAUCCUCCCUUUCCGUCGCCUGGUCAUCUCUACUAAGAUUCUCAUCAGGAAGUUCUUGUGAGAAUAUGUUAAGAUUCUCUCUUCUGGCAAUUGGUUCAAAGUCCGGUAGCGUUUCCAUAUGGAAAGUUCAUGCACCUGAAUGCUAUCACAUUGAACGUAGCGAUUUAUCUCCCUUCGUGGAACUUACUGCUAUAAUUCAGGCCCAUAGCUCAUGGGUUUCAACUAUGAGUUGGGGAAUUUCUGGCUGUGACUCUUCGAAUCUGAAAAUGGUGUUGGUUACUGGAAGUUGCGAUGGUAGUGUAAAAAUUUGGAUGAGCAAUAAAGAAGACUUGCAAAAAUCUGUGGAGGUCUAUAAAUCUUCAUUCUUUCUAUUGAAACAGGUUGUAGCAUUGAAUCCUGUUCAGGUUUCAACGCUUUCUUUUGUUAUAAGCAACCAUUAUAAUGCAAUGCACUUGGCAAUAGGCAAAGGAUCUGGUUCUUUCGAAGUAUGGAAGUGUGAACUAUCUACAAGAAAGAUUGAACAAAUUGUUUCAACUAAUGCUCAUAACCACGUGGUUACAGGUCUAGCUUGGUCAUAUGAUGGCCGUUGUUUGUACAGUUGCAGUCAGGAUAAUUAUGUCCGGAACUGGAUAUUAUGUGAGAAUACCAUCUCUGAAGUGCCAAUUCCUGCAAACACUCCUGGUCUCAAUAGCACGACUGAUUUUCCUGAUGAUUUCUUAUCAUGCCUUGGUGUGGCACUGUCCCCUGGAAACCUUGCUGUUGCUUUGGUCCGCAGCUUUAACGUUGAGCUCUUGAAUCCGAUGUACCAAGCCAGGUCGCAGAAGGCUGCUGUAGAAUUCCUCUGGAAUGGUGCACAACAAUCUGGUGAGUCUGAAGAUUCUUCAGAGAUGGUAACCGAAGCUAUUCUGGGUUUCUCAAAGAAUGAAUUUGCAUAUUGGGAAACUAAUUUUCUCUGGUCAUUGAAAGAAUUCAAAGAUUUGAAUAAGCCUCUAGUUCUUUGGGAUAUGAUAGCUGCAAUGCUGGCGUUCAAACAGUCAAUGCCAGAGUUUGUUGAACUGGUAUUAACCAAAUGGCUCUCUGUGUCAUACCUUGGGUUUCAUGCUGAUAUCCCCAUGGAAGAUCUCGUGCCAAAGAUCUCCAAACGCUUCUCUGCUGUUCCUUCCAGGCUGUUACACAUUCUCAAUGUAAUCUCCAGACGUGUAAUGUUAUCAGAGCUCAAAACGGAGGAAGUCAACAGAAAACUGCAAGGUCAGAGAAUGAACAAUGAAGAGGAGAUUGAUCUUUGGCUCAAACUACUUGAAGAAAGCGAACGAGAACUCCGAGAAAGACUGGUUGGUCUCAGUUUCUCGGCUUAUCUAAUAGCGGAGUCAUCUCAGGGUACUGUUUCGCCUUCUACUUGGAAUUGGCGUCCAGCUGGAUUGGCUCAGUUGCAGCAAUGGGUUGAGAUCAAUCAUGAUAUUGUCCCUAGUCAGCUAGAAACCCUUUCCUCAGAAGUGAAAUCUAGUCUAAUAAGAUCAAGCAAUAGCACAGAAGCUAGAUUAGAGGAAGAGAAAUGUCCUUAUUGCACAUCGCCAGUCAAUUUCCAGUCAGCAGAGGAAGCCUUUUGCGAAUCUCCACACCAAAAAAAGAAGAAGAGCAAAGACAAAGAGAGACAUGAUCAAAGCCACAAGCUUGAGAGGUGUUGUGUCUCAAUGCAAGUAUGUCCACCAACUCCUUUGUGGUUCUGCAAAUGCUGCAGCCGAAUGACUUUAAAACUCGCUCCAGAGACCUUAUUUGCAUUGCCUUCGUUCCCGAGUGAUCUCAAAUCGCUUCCAGAAUCUUCCUUUAGCAAAGUUGCCACGAAACCGUUCUGCCUCUUCUGUGGAAUUCUCUUGCAGAGAAAGCAGCCUGAGUUUCUGCUGUCUGCUUCACCUGUGUGAUAAUAAGUUAUAAGGAAAAAUAGGAUUAGGUAGAUAAAACUGUAUUUUAUUAUUAUGUGUGUAGUCUUGUAUUUUACAUAUAUGAUCCGGAUCAGUAUCAAACCGAGAUUCAAGAGUCGAAACUGAUCCAACCACAGAUAAAGUUGGAUUUACACUGAACUAAGCGGUUGUUAAAGUUGUCAAUAACACGAUUAAACAAACUUAACUUUCCAAAAAUAAUGAUAAUUUAUGAACUA